CCUCUCCUCCCCCCUUUUCCUUUCCUCCUCAAAUUCAAUUCCAACUCUCUCUUCUUCUUCUUCACUCUCUCUCUCUCUCUCUCUCCAAAAAAAUUCACUCUCAAAACUCCAUACAGAGAGCUUCUUCCGGUCUCAGCCAUGGCCGCCGCCCUCACCACCGCCAGUAAAUUGCCUACAACAGCUCAAUUACUAUCUUCUUCUUCUUUUGCUCCGCAAUUGGAUGUGAAGUCGGUCUCCUUCUCCGGCAACGCCAAAAACUGUAAAUCAGAAGUUCACUGCGCCCUUCACUCCCCUUCCGUCCUCCAUUUCCCAAAACAGCCCUACCAGGCGCCAAUAAUUACGAGGGAGGACCAAACCGUAACCGCCAACCCCAACCCCCACCGCCCCCACCACCAACAACAAAAACAACAACAGUCUUCUUCUUCUUCUCCCUGGACUUUCCUCCAGAGAGCGGCCGCCCACGCGCUCGACAUGGCCGAGAGCGCGUUGCUAUCACGCGAGCGCCAGCGCCCGCUCCCCAAGACCGCCGAUCCACGUGUCCAGAUUGCCGGCAACUUCGCCCCGGUCCCCGAGCAGCCCGUCGUCCACGCCCUCCCCGUGACCACCGGGACCAUCCCGCACUGCAUUGACGGCGUCUACAUCCGUAACGGCGCCAACCCGCACUUCGAGCCCGUCUCCGGCCACCACUUCUUCGACGGCGACGGCAUGGUCCACGCCGUCACCAUCGCCGGCGGCGAGGCCAGCUACGCCUGCCGCUUCACGGAAACAGAGAGGCUCAAGCAGGAGAAGAAUCUCGGCCGGCCGGUCUUCCCCAAGGCGAUCGGCGAGCUACACGGCCACUCCGGCGUCGCCAGGCUGCUGCUUUUCUACGCCAGGGGACUGUUCGGCCUGCUCGAUCACACCCACGGCACCGGCGUCGCCAACGCCGGCCUCGUCUACUUCAACGACCGGCUGCUCGCGAUGUCGGAGGACGACAUCCCUUACCAGGUCCGGAUCACUCCCGCCGGCGAUCUCGAGACGGUGGGCCGGUACAAUUUCGACGGCCAAUUGACCACCACAAUGAUCGCCCACCCGAAAUUGGACCCUUCCUCGAAAGAGCUCUUCGCCCUGAGCUACGACGUCGUUCAGAAACCUUAUCUCAAAUAUUUCCGAUUCUCCCCGGAGGGGGAGAAAUCGCCCGACGUCGACAUUCCCCUGCCCGUGCCGACGAUGAUGCACGACUUCGCGAUCACCGAGAAUUUCGUCGUGAUCCCCGACCAGCAGGUGGUUUUCAAGCUCCAGGAGAUGAUCAAAGGCGGAUCCCCUGUCAUCUACGACAAGGAAAAAGUCUCCCGAUUCGGCAUCCUGCGAAAAGACGCCACCACCGCCGACGACAUUAUCUGGAUCGACUCGCCGGAGACUUUCUGCUUCCACCUGUGGAACGCGUGGGAGGAGCCCGAAACCGACGAGGUGGUGGUGAUCGGUUCCUGCAUGACCCCGCCGGACUCGAUUUUCAACGAAAGCGACGAAAGCUUGACGAGCGUGCUGUCGGAGAUCAGGCUGAAUUUGAAAACAGGGGAGUCCACGCGCCGCCCGAUAAUUCGGGAGGAAACAGAGCAGGUGAAUUUGGAGGCAGGGAUGGUGAACCGGAACCUAUUGGGCCGGAAGACCCGGUUCGCUUACCUGGCCAUUGCGGAGCCCUGGCCCAAGGUGUCCGGGUUCGCGAAAGUGGACCUUUUUAACGGGGAGGUGAAAAAAUUUAUUUACGGCGACGGUAAGUACGGAGGGGAGCCGCUUUUCCUGCCAAGCGGCGGCGGUGAAAAGGAGGACGAGGGUUACAUUCUGGCCUUCGUCCACGACGAGGAGAACUGGACGUCGGAGCUGCAGAUAGUUAACGCCGUUACCAUGCAGCUCGAGGCUUCCGUCCAGUUGCCGUCCAGAGUCCCAUAUGGGUUUCACGGCACGUUUGUGGAAUCCAAGGACUUGGCUACUCAGGCGUAGCAGCGGGCGCCGGAAGAGUAAAGAGCAGUAGAUAGUUAGGUCCGGAAGAAGAAGAAGAAAAAAAUUUACAGUUUGAUCUGGUGGGAAAUUUUUACCGGGAGAUAUUUACCAGAGGGAUGGCAGUCCCCGGAAUCUCCUGGGGGAAUUAAAAUAUUUAAUACCCUUUUUCCCCUUUAUUUUAGUAGUGUUUGCUUUGUUCUUUGAUUUCCAGAGACCAGCUUGUAGCUUUUGAACAGUAGAAUCGAGCUCAGUUGGUUCCUGCUUCAACUUUCAUUAUAUCUAUAUACAUAAUAUCAAAAUUUCGUUACAUAUUACGUUUUUUUUUUUUUUUGGCUUCUUGUAUAUUUUUUUCCUGUUAAAUUGCUCGUAAAUUUUAACUCAUGCCUUGUAAAUAAUGAAAUUCACAGCUUUUU